CCUUCUAAACAUAGAACCAAAAACCUUCUGGACUUUUCCUUCAAAAUUUAUUUUUGGAAUAAAUUUUGUUUUUGAAAUUUCCUAAAACUUAACCUUGCUGCAGAUGACGGCUCUGUUGGCCUGUCAUUGGCAGCCCGCCAGGCUGGUCAGGAGGGCCGUUCCAACUGCCAACCGAUUCCUGCACCACCAGGUCGACACCCUAACACUGGCCGAGCUGCUGGGCACCACAAAUCUGCGCAAGAGAACUCCCGAGGACUACAAGGUACUUCGCGAGAUCUACACCUCCUUCGAGCGCUACAACUCUGUGGGCAAUGACAUUCAGCUGACAUUGAAGGAGCGAACCGCCAACGACAUGAUCAUGUGCGAGAAAAAACGAGAAUACGAGAAGGGCAUCAUGGACCCCACACAGUUCGCCCCAGGCUAUCACAUCUUCAAGGUCCUGGACAAAUUGCGGGAGUCGCCGCUCUUCCACAUGCUGCAGAAGAUGCCCAAGGGCGGGGCCCUCAAGGUGAUAGACACCUCAAUCACCAGCCUGGACUGGGUUAUUCAACUCACCUACAGGGAGAACCUGUGGGUUUGUACCACCGACAACUGUUGCCAUAUCCAGGAGUUUCGUUUCUCGAAAGAGAAGCCGAAGGAAUCGGCCGGCAAGGGUGGCGAGUGGCAGACGAUGGAGGAACUGAGAGAGUUCCGCGGCGAGGAAAACCUCAAGAAGUAUCUGCUGACGCGCCUCAGCAUGUAUCCUCUCACCAGCUUCACCACCAACGCCCACGCCUGGAAACACCUAAUGGGCAUCUUCUAUCUGCUGCAGGGCCUCCUCCGGUACGCCGAUGUCUGGGGUGAUUAUUUCUACAGAGCCCUCAAAGAGUUCUACGCGGACGGAGUGCAGUAUAUAGAGAUCCGGUCGCUGGUACCGCAGCUCUACUGUCUGGACGGUAGCCGGUUGCCCGGGCGGGUAGCUGUGGAAAUCUACAGGGACAGACUUCGUCAGUUCAAGGACGAGAAUCCCGGCUUCAUAGGUUGCAAGCUGAUCUACGCCAAUCUCCGGAAUGUGGAACCAAAUGUUGUGGCAAAAUAUGUCAAGGAGUGCACGGAAUUGAAUAAAGAGUUUCCAAGCUUUGUGAUUGGUUUUGAUUUAGUGGGUCAGGAGGAUAAGGAACAUCAGCUGAGCAGAUAUGUCCCGGAACUGCUGAAGCUUCCCGACCACAUAGACUUCUAUUUCCACGCCGGCCAGACAAACUGGUACGGUUCCCACGUAGACGAGAACCUGAUAGACGCCAUACUACUGGGAUCGAAACGAAUCUGCCACGGCUAUACUAUCACAAAGCACCCCAUUCUGAUGAAUUUGGCCAAGUAUUUAAACAUUGCCCUGGAGGUGUGUCCGGUGGCCAACCAAGUGCUCCAGCUAGGCUCCGACUAUCGCAAUCAUCCGGCAGCCACACUGAUUGCUGAGAACGUGCCCAUGGUGAUCUCGUCAGCGAACCCUGCCCUUUGGAGGGCCAAGCCAUUGUCGCACGAUUUCUAUAUGGCCUUUCUGGGCAUUGCCCCGAUGAACGCCGAUCUGAAGUUCCUCAAGCGUACCGCCAAGAACUCGUUGCGCUUCAGCUCCCUCAAGGACGAGGGCAAGGCCAAGGGCAUGCUGAAGUGGAAGAAGGAGUGGGACGAGUGGAUCGACCAGAUUGUGGAAGGGAAGCUCAAGCUCGACAAGAAGGGAAGCUCCAAGAAAAAAAGCACCCCCAAGACUCCUAAAAAGUAAACAUAAACACUGCUCUUUUUUCAUUUUUCUACUUAUGAUGUUUGGCCAAAAAUGUAUUAUAUUUAAGAUUAAAAUUGAAACAAGUGUCUAAACAAAAA